CCUGUCAAACCCACCAUCCCCUCAGCGCAGCCGUCAACACAAGCUAGCUCAAGCUAGCUCAAGCUAACUCAACCGAGCUCAAGCUAACUCAAGCUAAGCCACGUUGUAGCUGCAGGUCGUGGGUUGUCUAGUAACGCACUGCCGUUGCCAAGGUAACCGUUGUCUAGGACGGCUAGAAGCAACAAUGUAGCCGCGGCUAGCAGGCUAACUCACAAGCUAGCAGGCUAGCGAUCAGCUGUUGUUUUGGUCGGAGAGCUAGCUAGCCUAGCCUAGCCUAGCCUAGCCUUACAGGAGAGCAACACUAGAUUUGUUUUCAACAUGCACGACGCGUAUGAGUCGGUGCCCAUUCUGGAGAAGCUGCCUCUGCAGAUUGACUGUCUGGCAGCCUGGGAGGACUGGCUGCUAGUGGGGACAAAGCCUGGACAUCUUCUCCUCUACAGGAUAAAGAAGGAUGCAGGCACCAACCGGUUCGAGGUGACGCUGGAGAAAUCCAAUAAGAACUUCUCAAAGAAGAUCCAGCAGCUGUACGUUGUCUCGCAGUAUAAAAUUCUUGUCAGUCUUCUCGAGAACAACAUCCACGUCCAUGACCUCCUGACCUUCCAGCAGAUCACUGUGUUGUCCAAAGCUAAAGGCGCAACACUCUUCACCUGUGACCUGCAGCAAACCAGCACAGGAGAGGAAAGGUUGAGAAUGUGUGUUGCAGUGAAAAAGAAACUCCAGCUGUAUUACUGGAAGGACCGAGAGUUCCACGAGCUGCAGGGGGACUUUAGUGCACCAGAUAUUCCAAAGUCCAUGGCCUGGUGUGAAAACUCCAUCUGUGUUGGUUUCAAGCGAGACUAUUACCUCAUUCGGAUGGAUGGCCGGGGCUCCAUCAAGGAGCUCUUCCCCACCGGCAAACAGUUGGAGCCUCUGGUUACCCCACUGGCUGAUGGGAAGGUGGCUGUUGGCCAGGAUGACCUAACUGUAGUGCUAAAUGAAGAGGGCGUUUGCACCCAGAAGUGUGCCCUGAACUGGACAGACAUCCCAAUAGCAAUGGAGCACCAGCCUCCGUACAUCAUCGCCGUUCUUCCUCGGUACGUGGAGAUCCGGACGUUUGAGCCGAGGCUGCUGGUGCAGAGUGUGGAGCUGCAGAGACCUCGCUUCAUCACCUCAGCAGGGCAAAAUAUUGUGUAUGUCGCCAGCAACCACUUUGUGUGGCGCCUGGUGCCCGUGUCGAUAGCCACCCAGAUCAAGCAGCUUCUUCAGGACAAACAGUUUGAGCUGGCUCUCCAGCUGGCGAUGAAGGAUGAUUCAGAUGGGGAUAAGAAGCAGCAGAUACAUCACAUCCAGAAUCUCUACGCCUUCAAUCUGUUUUGCCAGAAGAGAUUUGAUGACUCCAUGCAGGUGUUUGCCAAACUGGGCACAGAUCCCACCCAUGUGAUUGGACUGUACCCAGACCUGCUCCCGUCAGACUACCGCAAACAGCUGCACUACCCCAACCCUCUGCCUACUCUGUCUGUGGCCGAGCUGGAGAAGGCUCAUCUCGCUCUCAUCGAUUAUCUCACACAGAAACGUAGCCACCUCGUGAAGCAGCUGAAUGACUCCGACCCGUCUACAACGUCUCCACUCAUGGAGGGCACGCCUACUAUUAAAAGCCGCAAAAAACUCCUUCAGAUCAUCGACACCACGCUGCUGAAAUGUUACCUGCACACCAACGUGGCCAUGGUGUCCCCCCUCCUCCGUCUGGAGAACAACCACUGCCACAUCGAGGAGAGCGAGUACGUCCUGAAGAAGGCCCACAAGUACAGCGAGCUCAUAAUCCUCUACGAGAAGAAGGGACUGCACCAGAAAGCUCUGCAGGUGCUGCUGGACCAGUCCACCAAGGCCAACUCCCCGCUGAAGGGCCACGAGCGGACAGUGCAGUACCUCCAAAGACUGGGAGGGGAGAAUUUGGGAAUAAUCUUUGAGUUUUCUCCCUGGGUGUUGAAGAUCUGUCCAGAGGAUGGCCUGAAGAUCUUUACUGAGGACCUGACCGAGGUGGAGACUUUGCCCAGAGACAAGGUGCUGAACUUCCUGAAGGAGGGCUUUAAGGAGCUCGCCAUCCCAUAUUUGGAGCACAUCAUUUACGUGUGGGACGACAAGGGCUCGGAGUUUCACAACGUGCUGAUCCAGCUCUACCUGGAGAGGGUCCAAGGCCUCAUGAAGCAGUACCUCAACUCACUGCCAGAAGGAGUUCCAGCUGUUGCCGCGGGGAAAGAGGAAGGUGAUCUGGGAGAGUUCAGGAACAAGCUGCUGUCUUUCCUGGAUAUUUCUACCAGCUACGAACCAGCCAGACUCAUCAGUGACUUCCCCUUUGAUGGCCUGCUGGAGGAACGGGCUCUGCUUCUGGGUCGGAUGGGUAAACACGAGCAGGCGCUCUUCAUCUAUGUGCACAUCCUGAAAGACACCCGCAUGGCUGAAGAAUACUGUCACAGCCAUUACAACAGUUUAGUCGAAGGGAAUAAAGAUGUUUAUCUGUCUUUGCUGCGGAUGUACCUGUCGCCUCCUGACGUUCACUGCUUGGGGCCCAUCAAGAUGGAGCUGUCGGAGCCUCAGGCCAACCUGCAGGCGGCUCUGCACGUCCUGGAGCUGCACCACAGCAAACUCAACACCACCAAGGCCAUCAAUCUGCUCCCUGCAAACACUCAGAUCAGAGAGAUCCGGGUGUUUCUGGAGAGCGUUCUGGAGGAGAAGGCUCAGAGGAAACGCUGCAACCAGGUGCUGAAGAGUCUGCUGCAGGCCGAGUUCCUCCGGGUGCAGGAGGAGCGAAUCUUCCACCAGCAGGUCAAAUGUGUCAUCACUGAGGAAAAGACCUGCAGAGUCUGCAAGAAGAAAAUAGGAUCCAGUGCGUUUGCCAGGUAUCCCAACGGCGUGGUGGUGCAUUACUUCUGCUGCAAAGACCGCAACAUGUGUCCCACCGAGCAGUGAGCGCCUCCACCUGACAACAACUGUUCACUCGUAAAUAUCUCCCCUCCCCCCCCGCUCUCCUCUCCUCCCUCCCCCUCCCUCCCUCCUGCUCUCUGUGGAUUUCAAUGCAUCGGACAUCUUUGAACUAGAAGUGCAUCAGAAGGGUGGAGGUGCUGGAGUUGUUGCGCCUCACAGAACUACAAGUGCAGACGUUUGUUUUCUAACCUGAGUUCACCUCGGAGCGCCGUCGUCGUCGUCACGCUCUCUCAGAACAAGACCUCCUCCUGAAAUCAAAGGCCGAGGCUUUCUUUCUCUCUGUGCAUGAAGAAACAGGAGGAAUGUCCGGCGUCUUUCAGCAUGAGGGGGAGAAAUAGAGAGAGAGAGAGAGAGUGUGACAUUUGAAAAGCAUGUGUCACUGUAACGCUAGAAGGGAUUCACUUCCCUUCACUUCGCCUCGGAAAGGAAAACGGGCGCUUUUGAGAGACGCUCAGAGGAAGUCGGAGCUCGUUCUCACCGUGAGAUGAUUACAAGCCUUGGUUUUUAUUUUUUAUUUCCUCUCCUCUUCCUGCCUCUCACCGUCUCCCCCCCCCUCUCCUCUCUGACACUGUGUGAGGCCUCAAACACUGCUUGAUUUGCCAUAUUCACAGUUAAAUGCCUUUUUGUGACUCUUUGAUUGUACUUACAGUGAAGUCUGAUGUCUGUCAGGAGUUUUUUUUUGUUAGCAUGUGCCGGUACUGACUAAGCAAAACAGCAUUCGUCUCACAGCGUGUUGGACAUUUAUGUGUUUUUAUUUAAAACAUUUGAGGAGACUUAACUUUAUUCAUAGAGACGUUCUUUUCAUCAUUUAGUGUCUUUACAGUGUGUGAAUGAUUCCUACCAGACAUCACUCUCUUUGCUUUAUUUUUAAGUACUCAUCUGUCGUCUUUGUUUACAUUUUUUUUUGGUUUAUUCUCUCGCAGACAUUAAAAGUUUAUGAAGAAGAACUCCUUUAAAGUGAGACUAUGUAACUUUUGAGCAACGGCCGAGGUGGUAAAUACAGAAUAAUCACAGAGAUUUUCCUUAAUUAGAUCUGAAAUGAAUAAAUUAUUAAUCAUCAUUAUCAUUAUUCAAUGAUUUAAUCUGCAACUGUUUUGAUAAUUGAUUAUUGUUUUCAGCCAUUUGUCAAGCAAAAAUACACAAACUCACUGGUUCCAGCUGAUUUUCUUUGUCUCAGUAAAUUUAAUUUCUUAAAUUUUUGACAGUUGAUCACAUCAAAUUGGCAAAUUGAAGACAUAACUUCCAGGCUGGACAAAUGGCUUUUUAUUAAACAUUUUAUGGACAAAACCAUAAAUUAAGGA